GUUUGUUAGCAGCGGUUAGGUUAGCAGCAGUGCACUCACUAAGUGCAGUCGAGUGCAGUGUGCAGUAGUGGGAGUUCCACCCAGAGUUCAGUUCAUUGUCAACCAGUCAGUCACGUCCAGGUCACGUCGCGUCGUGCUCACGUGCUCCUUAUCAGGGUUUAAAGAACGCGCGCCUCUCUAAACAAAACAGCAUUAAUGGCAAGAUCAUUUCGCAAGAAAGUGGCGCUAAACGAGAGCCGCAGUUGGCAUGAGGAUGAAAAACAACCCCUUGUUCUAUCAAACACCUUGGAAAAAUUGAACCUUCAUAUAUCUAUCCAUCGAUACCUCACCUUUCCGAUGAACUUCUGUGUAGGGUCACCUUCGAUCAGAGUACAUUUGGCCAAUGCAGGACUCUACAUGAGCCACGAUAAGAGAACCUUGUUCUGCGCUUUUUGCGACUUGAAGAUCAAUCAUUUUGACCAUUUGGGUGGGCAAGAUUUAAGAACUGAGGAGGACUUUGACGAUGUGCACCAGCAACUGAGCAAGAACUGUCCGCUGUACUGCAGUGAUGAGACUGAAAAUAUAUUGUUUGAGCCCAGCAAAGUGCUUGACUAUAGAUUUGAAGCGUUCAGGCUUUUUUCUCUUCUCAACGCUAACUGGGUGCCCACAAUUUCUCCCUAUGAUUUGGCUCAUUCUGGAUUCUACUACGUGGGAGAUUUGGACAAUUGCCGCUGUUGCUUCUGCAAACUUGAGGUCAGAGGUUGGGAACCAGGUGACGUUGCUGAUAUGGAACACAGGAGAUGGUUUCCAAACUGCCCUUUCAUGACAGGAAAAUUAGUAGGAAACGUCAAAAUUGGAGAUGAGCUCCCCCCUGCUUCAUCAUCAACUAUUCAGAGACCCAUGGAUCAAGCUAACCCAUUCAUCAAAUCCUUCCGAAUCAACCCAUAUCCCAAUUUAAAAUUGAACAUCAAAAAGGUUACUCUGGAAGGGCUCGGAAUCCGCAAUGUUCAAGCACCUAAAUACCCCAACUACUCUAACUAUAACACCAGAUUGAUGACCUACAAAUUGUGGCCCAAGUCUCUAGAGCAAACUCCAGAGAUUCUCGCAGCUGCUGGAUUCUUCUACACCAAAACUGGUGACCAAGUCAUCUGCCACUAUUGCGGCAUCGGCCUCAAGAGCUGGGCGCCACACGAGGACCCACUGACUGAGCACGUUUCUUGGGAACCUAGAUGCGAGUUUGUGAUGAUGUCCAAAGGCGCUGACUUUGUCAAGAAUAUCUUGAAUAGCGCUAAAAUACACGCGUCGACUGCAAAGGCGCAGCUGCAGUUGGUAAGAAGCAAAAUUAGCAGCAUCAUUUGCAAAAGCUGCAAUCAGGCCACAGCCAAUAUUGUCAACUUGAGCUGCGGUCAUAUGGUUACUUGCUCGACCUGUGCAGAAAAAACUCCUGCAAAAAAAUGCGCUACUUGCAGCGCUCGCGUGCUUGCUACUCUUCUUGUCUACCCGAUGCGCGUUUAGUGUUGGGUUGAAGGAGGUUAAAGAAUCGACGAUAUUUGUGAACUGGGAAGAAAACCUUGAUUUUGCUGACAAGACUGACUGCUGCUGCACUCGCUCUGAAAAUAUCAAAUUGUGUAAAC